AUGUCGCUCGUGUCCGGCGAGAAGACGAACUUCCAGUUCAUCUUGCGUCUGCUCAACACCAAUGUUGACGGCAAGCAGAAGAUCAUGUACGCGCUGACCCAGAUCAAGGGUGUCGGUCGCCGUUACUCCAACCUGGUCUGCAAGAAGGCCGAUGUCGACCUCAACAAGCGUGCUGGUGAGCUCACCACCGAAGAGCUGGAGCGCAUUGUCACCAUCCUCCAGACUCCUACCCAGUACAAGAUCCCCACCUGGUUCCUUAACCGACAGCGCGACAUCACCGAUGGCAAGGACACCCAGGUUGUUUCCAACAGCCUCGACUCCAAGCUCCGUGAGGACCUUGAGCGCUUGAAGAAGAUCCGCUCCCACCGCGGUCUGCGUCACUACUGGGGCCUCCGUGUCCGUGGUCAACACACCAAGACCACUGGCCGCCGCGGUCGCACCGUCGGUGUCAGCAAGAAGAAGGGCUAA